AUGAGUACAAUACAAAAUAUCAAGAACUUCAUUCGGCACGGCAAACAGGCCCGACUUGUCACACCCCACGCCGAACCCACAACUGACGUUUCCACGAUCCACGCCGAACAACAACGCCAACCCCACGGCCAGUUUUCCCCAGAUCUGGGCGCUUACCAUACCGGAGAUAUUCGCGGGAAUGGUCAAUCCGAAUCUCAGAAGUCAUCUGACGCACAGGUUCGGCGCGAUCGCUCCGUCGAAAUUGAACGAUUGGUGGCAGAGGAGAAAGUGAGCCGGUCGAAAAUGCCUAAAUACCCCGGUCUGGAGCGGUGGAUCCUGCUGGAGAAGAUGGGCGAUGGCGCAUUCAGCAACGUCUAUCGUGCCCGGGAUGCCACGACAGAAUACGGCGAGGUGGCUAUCAAGGUCGUCCGAAAAUUCGAAAUGAACAGCAAUCAGUCUGAUCCUCUUCAACCCCACGUCAAAAACGUGCCCAAGGCUGCCGAGCGAGCAAACAUCCUCAAAGAAGUUCAAAUUAUGCGCAAUUUGGACCACCCCAACAUCACCAAGUUAAUCGAGUUCUCUGAAUCACGCCAAUACUACUAUAUCGUGCUAGAGCUCUGCCCUGGAGGCGAGCUGUUCCAUCAGAUCGUGCGAUUGACAUAUUUCAGCGAGGAUCUUAGUCGACACGUGAUUACUCAGGUAGCCAAUGCGAUUGAAUACCUUCAUGAAACAUCCGGCGUCGUUCACCGUGAUAUCAAACCCGAAAACAUCUUGUUCUACCCAUCACCUUUCAUUCCAAGCAAAACCCCUAAACCCCAGCAGCCAGGGGAUGAAGACAAGGAAGACGAGGGGGAGUUUACACCCGGAGUCGGCUCUGGUGGCAUCGGCAAAAUCAAGAUUGCCGAUUUUGGCUUGUCCAAGGUGAUCUGGGACAGCCAAACCAUGACCCCUUGCGGCACCGUUGGGUAUACGGCCCCCGAAAUAGUCAAGGAUGAACGCUAUUCCAAGAGUGUAGACAUGUGGGCCAUGGGCUGUGUUCUCUACACGCUUCUCUGUGGCUUCCCCCCGUUCUACGACGAGAGUAUUCAGGUACUCACCGAGAAGGUGGCGCGUGGCCAAUAUACCUUCCUGUCACCCUGGUGGGAUGACAUCUCGAAAUCGGCCCAGGAUCUGAUCUCGCACCUCUUGACGGUCGAUCCAGAGAAACGCUUCACUAUCAAGGAGUUUCUUGCACACCCGUGGAUUCGACAAACCAAUGAGGAGACCACUCCCGCUGCUGAUGCACCACCUCUAGCGACGCCCUCUGUCGCGGCCCGCCAAAAUGGUACGCCACAGAUGGACCCGGUCGGCGCCGACCAGGCCCCGUAUCAGCCCGUUAGUAGCCGAAUCCCCGACCAGCCGUCCACCGUAUCGGAACGUCGCAUGGACUUCCGCUCCCCGGGUGCGUUCAACCUCCGCGAGGUAUUUGACGUUGGCUAUGCCGUCCAUCGACAGGAAGAAGAAGGCAAACGGCACAAGAACGUACGGCAAGGAUUCCAGUCGGUACUUGGUUCGCUCAACGAAGGCUAUGAUGACGAGCCCGAGUACCACUCGCGGAUCGACGCAAGUCGCGGCCAACCACCGCUCAAGGUCGCCAAGUCCAGCACACAGGGCUCUGGCGAAAUGGCUGGCAUGGAAGCAAAGCUCCGGUCCACGAACCUCGGAGCCCAAAGCAGUGCCGCCCAAGCACGGCAAGCCCACCGCCAGCCUCGACAGCAGGGGUAUGGGCAACACGAUGCUACAGUCGCCGCUGCAGCCAAGAACAGCAUUGCUCGCGAAGCCAAUCGACCUUUCGAGCUUAGCCUGGACAAUGCCACCUUGCUGGAAAAGCGCGGCCGUCGCAAUCAGCCGGUAGCAUGA